UGAAAUAAAUGCUUACUUUAAAAAAAUCAAUUGAUUUAUUUCGUAAUAAAGAGUUAACACCAUUUUGCUGCAAAGUAAUUCGUUCGAAAGGUAUAGAUAGAAAUAUUUUAUGCGUUCUUUAACAAUUUAAAUUGUUCUUCGCAAAAUCGUCAUGCUCUAAAUUCUAAAUCAUGCGAAAUCUUCGUAAAUAAAUUCCUUUUUGCGAAAGAUAUUAUAAAGAUAUGUAUACGUAUAUGUAUAAAAUCUUGUUGUUUUCUAAUGACGGUAAAGUAGAUUGAGUCGAUAAUGUCGCCAACUUGAACGAAGUUGAAGAAGUUAUAGACAUAUCCAUAGAGAAGGUUAUUGGCAGCAUGAUGGACGACGAAAAUGAAACUCGUGUCAAUAUGGAGAAACAAAAUGUAGAAGAAGAAGAAGAAGAAGAAGAAGAAGAUGAAGAAGAAGAAGUAGAAAAACAAGAGGAAAAGAAGGAUAAUAAAGUAGAAAAUACAUUCGAAGUGGAAGAUAGAAAGGGGGCUGAGGAACUAAAUUACGAUGACUUUGAAGAGUAUCCGGAUUACGAAGAGGUACCGGAGUACGCGAAAGAGUAUGAAAAGGCUGUUUCCAGCGAAACGAUAGAUUGGGAGAGAGAAGCAAAGAAAACGCUACGGCUGGAUUCCGAGGAACCAAGGAGAAGACGGAAAACUAUCUAUGAACUGGAUGCUUAUGCUUCUUCGGGUCCAUCGAUGAGCGAUAUCCUGAAACUGAGUUCGACGGAUAUCACGCCUGAACCAGCGCGACCGCCAAUUCGAUACUCUGUCUCGAUGGGUGUGUCGGGCGUAGCGAGGCUCAAUCUAUCGCCUCUAACACAGAAAGCGGUCGGUUGCGUGAUAGGAGAGAAUGUCAGCACCGAAUAUCCUUGGGUUUACGUUCGAAAAGAAAUUAUCGAGGAUAACAUAUACCUUUACGAGGAGAGCAGCGAUUUUAUAGCCGUUAAGGAUGAAGUUGAAAAGUUUCCGAAUAAAAGGAUACUUAUCGGUUACGUACCCUCGUUGACCGAGGAGGGUCAAUUCUACAUUUGCUUAACCGAAGAAGCCAGGGACGCUGUAAUCGCGCUUAUCCAAAAGCAGAGAAGGGAACACGAAAAUCGCGUGAGAACCGCUGUUUAUAAACCAGCAGGAGAUUGGGAAGAUCUCGGUUCCGGUGAAGAGAUUCAAACGACCAUUCUAAAAAAUACGAGGCCUUUAUUGGAAAUCGAGGUAUCGUGCAGAGGAGACGUGCUUAAUUCACCGGUACACUUCGAAGACAGAAAAGUCAGCGACCAAAGAGACGGUUACAUCGAAUUGCUUCCUUAUCGUCAAACGUUUGAAAACGUUUCGCGUAAACUGCUGUACAAUGCAACGCAAGUAACACCGUCCGUUCGAGAUGUCGACACCCAGACACCGCUUUCGGUGGCUAGAAAUUGUUGGGCUCAAUACGUAUACGAGUAUCGACCUUUGAACAUAUCCAACUUUCACCCAGAACAAAUGGAAUCGUUGAAAAAUUUCUUUCGUCGAUUUACCGAUCAAGUUUGCGAUCAAUUGUUGUUGAACGCUACUUGGGACAUCUAUAGAAACGAUUACGUGGAUCUGGUGCGACACGAAAGAGACACUCAAUGGCCAAUACCGGAAGGCUACAGGGAACAUUUAAGUUUCCACGAUGAAAAACACGUCGUGGAAAGAGUAAUCAACGAUCUUUGCUGGCACCCGUUAUGGACGGGAGUCGCGUUCGCUGCUUAUACGCGAUACGGGAAAAGUCAACAUCUAGAGGGACCUAAGUCGCACGAAGAGGUGAUCAAAGCCUACGAGAACAAUUACGUCCUCGUGUGGUCUUUCAACGACAGCUUAGCACCAAAAUUAUUGUUAGAAUGCCCAAGAGAAGUGACAAGCGUGGCUGCGAAUCCACUCGAUGGUCAUCGAAUCGUGGGCGGUUGUGCAAAUGGCCAGGUGGUACUUUGGCACAUUCCUGGAAAAAUCGCUCAAGUAGAAACCGUUAUCGUGACCACUGCUAUUCAAAUGAAGUAUAAGACUCUGAUCAGAAAUCUGACUACGUGGAUGCAAGAAGCGGUUGGAACGUCCUUCGUUAGACCUACAGCCAUGUCCCCGUUAAAGGAUAGCCAGAAGGCGGCUAUAACUGAAAUUCUAUGGAUGCCACCGUACGAUAAGGUGGAUAAAAAUGGAAGAAUCGUAACAUUGCCGGAUGACGAGGAUGCUAAUAAUUUAUACUCGCAAUUUAUUACCGCGAGUCAGGAUGGCACGAUAGCUUUCUGGGAUUUGAACUGGGAAACGUUCGAGCAAAAAAUCCGUUCGACUCCGGGAAAGACGUUUCCAAAAGAGCCUCGAGCCCGCAACGCUCCCGAUUACGUGUUGAAACCGCAUUAUGUCUUGGAAGUUCAGCAUCCGAUCGAUAGUAGAAGACAAGUGAUCACUACCCUCACUAUCCAUGUGCCAACAUUUAAGAAGGAACGCGCCGAUAUUUCUCUGCCCACCAAGGAUCUGACUAUUAGAAAAUUCUAUAGAAAUAUCAUCGAGAAGCCGAAUUUCGUGAUGGAACCGAGAAUACAUAUUGGCACCAUUGAAGGCGAAUUUGGCUGCAUCACAUGGGAGGGAUACGAUUUCACUACGGAUCUGGCUAUUAAUACCGAAAUAUGCAAGUGGUCCUGGUUGAAAAGAAUACACGAUGGACCGGUAACAAAUUCGAUUCGAUCCGGACACAACAGCAAUUUGAUAGUAACGAUAGGUGGUAAAGUGUUUGCUAUUUGGAAAGAGGGUAUCAGUGAGCCAUUGAUGUGGAAGAAAGCGGACGUUAGGCUCACUGCUUGUGCCUGGGGUAAAUUUCGGCCUUCGGUUCUGAUCCUGGCACGGAUGGACGGUACCGUGGAAAUAUACGACUUUAUGAUAAAAAGCCAAGAACCGUGUGCCAUACAAAGCUUAUCGGGGCGCAUAAUCACAGGGAUCUACACUCACGAGUUACGCCUGGAUCCUUAUGUCAUAGGAUUUUGCGAUUUUAACGGUAUCUUAAGAACAUUCUUACCUCCUGUGAUUUUCCUUAAAUCGGACACCGCCAACAUUCAGUGGAUGGAUGAAUUUAUCGAACGGCAAAUCAAGAGGGUGAGCAAGUGCAAAGUUUGGCAGAACCAAUGGAGGGAAGCGAAUCACGAAGGAAUUAAGGAGAAACAAAAACGAAUAAAAGAAGCGACAAAAAUGAAGGAAUUAGAAGAGGAAAAACAAGCGAAAGCUGAUACCACGGAAGCCGAAGUAACAACCACGAAGGACAGGGAAGCAAGCUUUAAACGAUGGGAGCUUAUCGAGGAGGCUCGUGAAAGAUGGAAGGCCGAGGAGCUGAAGCGUAUGCAACAGGUUAUUUUGGAAAAGAAAGGAUUAAGAAAAGAGGAGCUCGAAAAACAACGAGCACCGAUAUUGAAGAUGCGACAGGAUGCAAAAAGGAAAAAACAAAAAUUACAGCAGGCAUUGCUGAUGCAGGAGGAGCUCUUCGAACAUUCGAAAAAUCUGUUCAUGUUGAAACGCGAACCAGAGGCGGCGAAAGUGUCCGUGCAAGCCGAUGAAAAACGAGUCGAAGCUUCCAUGGAAGAAGCUUUACUCGAACAAGAAGUAAAAACGGAUAAAGUGGAUCCGAACGAGGAAAUACUUAACAACUUUGCGCAAACGCAGAUGAAAGUGCUAGCGGAACUUGAAAAACAGCCCUUUCAGCAUUCGUUCGAUUGGAAAAAGAUUUUGACGGAGGGCAAGUCCAGACGGAUCUCGAUGGAUUCGGAAUUGAGAAGACUGACCAAGUCGAGGAAGAAAUUUAGUAAACCAUACUAAAUGUAUAAUUGUCUAACUUACUAAUAAAACAUUAAACAAGUAACGGACGCUAGUCUUUCCAUCGCGAUUGCUUGACCAUGAAUAUGCCGGAACAGGAUCGCAGAUUUUACUCGACUAAAAGUCGAACAAAGUUUUACUUAAAAAAGGAAAAACCUGGCAACGGUGUUUCAAUUACGCGAAACGUUGUUGCGUAGGUGAAUCACAAUCAGGUGAUUCACAUUCGUAGGUGAACUGACAAUCAGAAGCUUGCAAAUAUAAUAUCCGGUAUUCGUUAUAAGAAAGAUUCGAGCAGACAAAAGAGAGCAAUUUACCACCAUGUUAUGUUGGAUGUACGCUGGCUGGUAAAUCUUCGAACGAACACUCAUAAAUCUCAUAAACCUUGAGAUUUUUUUUUACAGGAAUUCUAUUCUGAUCAAUGCUCUAUGGAAUUCUAUCAAAAGUUCGAUUAAAGAUUAAAUUAUGUAGGUCGUAAAAAGCCGUGGAGCUGUCUGAAAGCUGUACAGUUGUUUCCUCGUUCAACUAAAAUUAUUGGAAACCUGCAUAAGUUUGAAGCCUGUUUCAAUUGUAAUAAAAAUACUGGAUGAUCUGGAAUUUUCCGCUUGGUCAGGUUAUUUUUUAAUAGGAACCGAAGCGACUCUUCAAUU